UACAAAUCCUUUUUCCCAACUCGAACAACUCUUCGGUCUCGAUUUUUCUCAGAUCAAAAGCUCUCUCCCAAAUCCGAAUCGGAGAUCAGAAUUCACUGUUUCAUAGUGAGCCUUUUGGCGUUUCUGUUUGUCUGCAGAGGAACGAUAGGAGUUCCGGGUGAGAUUUGAAUAACUUGUGUUGAUUACGAAGUAGUGGUGUGUAGGAUGCAGGCAUCAAGGGCAAGGCUUUUCAAGGAGUACAAAGAGGUACAGAGGGAGAAAGCAGCUGAUCCAGACAUACAAUUAGUUUGUGAUGAUUCCAAUAUUUUUAAGUGGACAGCUCUUAUAAAAGGGCCAUCUGAAACUCCCUUUGAAGGUGGAGUUUUUCAGCUUGCUUUCUCUGUCCCUGAGCAGUAUCCUUUGCAGCCUCCUCAAGUGCGGUUCUUAACCAAAAUAUUCCACCCAAAUGUUCACUUUAAGACUGGAGAGAUUUGCCUUGAUAUAUUGAAGAAUGCAUGGAGUCCUGCUUGGACACUUCAGUCUGUUUGUCGAGCAAUUAUUGCGUUGAUGGCUCAUCCAGAACCUGAUAGCCCUCUUAACUGUGAUUCAGGGAAUCUUCUUCGUUCCGGUGAUAUAAGAGGAUACCAGUCAAUGGCAAGAAUGUAUACUAGGCUUGCAGCCAUGCCCAAAAAAGGGUGAUUGGAUAAGUUGCUACCUAUAAACAAUUGAUAACAAAAAAAAAAAAAAAAAAAAGGAAAUCUCAUGUUUGAUGAACAUUAGCCAGUGUUACAUGCAACUAUUACGAUACAAUAUUCAAUAGUUGUUGUGGGAUAGUCGUGUAUUGUUGUAAAAACCAUAUUUCAAGCAAGACUCCUGCUUUUUACGAUCUUCAGCAAGGAAUUUCGCCCACUUUUCUAUUUAUGACUGGGACUUA